CCAACAACAGCCGUGUCAUUCGUAUCGACAUGCCUCGUCGUCCGCAGAAGACCACGACUACUUGUAGCGGGUUUUAAAGUUUACUUGGCAAAAAUGAUAGGAGGGAAAUUAGGAGUUAAGUUCCAAUAAGAGGACGUGCCGGGUCUCCUUGGUUUCCUCUAUUCUCUCCAUUAUUGCCGUCAAGUGAAGGCACGCCAAGCGGAUUGUACGAUUUAUACACUACCGUUCAAAAGUUUGGGAUCACCCAGACAAUUUCGUGUCUUCCAUGAAAAAUCACACUUUUAUUUAUCAAAUGAAUAUAAAAUAUAGUCAAGACAUUGACAAGGUUAGAAAUAAUGAUUAAUAUUUGAAAUAUUAAUUUUGUUCUACAAACUUCAAGCUCAAAGGAAGGCCAGUUGUAUGGCUUAUAUCACCAGCAUAACUGUUUUCAGCUGUGCUAACAUAAUUGCACAAGGGUUUUCUAAUCAGACAUUAGUCUUCUAAGGCGAUUAGCAAACACAAUGUACCAUCAGAACACUGGAGUGAUAGUUGAUGGAAAAGGGCCUCUAUACACCUAUGGAGAUAUUUCAUUAGAAACCAGACACUUCCACCUAGAAUAGUCAUUUACCACAUUAACAAUGUAGAGAGUGUAUUUCUGAUUAAUUUCAUGUUAUCUUUAUUGAAAAAACAGUGCUUUUCUUUGAAAAAUAAAGUCAUUUCUAAGUGAUCCCAAACUUUUGAAUGGUAGUGUACAUCAUUGAGGAAUGAGACCUGCUGCCUCCAUUUUAAGAACAUGUUCCAGUCGGUUCCCCAAGGGCCCAUCACUGGCCCUCGAAGCACGUUAGUGUUUCAUGGCUUCAGCGUCCAUGUCGGCCCUUCACUUCUUUAUUGUUCUCAAAGACCAGCAUGAACCAUGCGGCCACGUCCUUUAUGGACACUCAGCAUGAUGUCAUGUUCUUUGGGAAUGUGGUGGCUAUAGCAGUCGUACAGUUGAGUUUGUAUUCUACAGUUUGUAUGUGUGUGUGUGGGGGGGAGCACAUUUUAAGGCACCUGGGGGCAGCAAAAACAUUGACACAUCAUAUUGAUUGUAGUCACUUUAAAUGAGAAUUAUAAAAGAGAUUUAGUCUUUGAUCACAUUCCUGACUGUGAAGAACUUUUUUCGAGAGUCACAUAUUUCUCAAAGGGGAGGGAGGGAUGUGUACUCUUUAAGAAAAUAAUAUUUCACCAUUUACACUUUAUUUUGAUCAAUCACGGGCAGCAAUAUGCACGGUGACCAGGGUAGGAAAUUUACAUAUUUUUUAGGGGGCAACUUUUGCCCCCAGUGACUGACAUCCAGGGGCAUUGAAAAAGAAAUUGGGGGGCACUUUUGAAACUUGUGAAAUAAAUAACAUUUAACCUUUGUUCAAAAAUAAUAAAUCUACUUAUUUAGUCUCACAGUAUAUGAGCAAUUGUCAUAAAAAUGGCAAGAAUAAGACUAUGAGCCAGUCAUCUACAGCUUCAAAAUGUUUUCUUAGAACACAAAACAAACAGAAAACAUAAAUCAUAUUCAAUGUUAUUCUUAUUUCUUUGUGGUUAUUUAUUGUUAUUAAAUUUUUUAAACAACUAUUAAAAAUGAUAACUUAUUUCUUUCUUUUUUUAUCAUUUAAAAUUAUAUUUAUUUAUUUGUGUGUGUGUACAGUACAGGCAAUACAGAUAUGACAUACACAACAAAGAACAAAAGGCUAUUCAAUUAUCAUAAUUAUUAGAGGAAAUGUGUUUAGUUUGUUGCCCCUCUCCUCGUGAUAACAGGAGAGAAACUUGAUUUCUUACGGGCAGUUUUGCCCUUUGCCCUGGUGUACUUCUGACAUACAAUCAAACAUGGCUGUUUCUCUUCCUCCGAUUGUCUGGCAUGCAAACGAGGCCCAUACCUGUGGAUCCGUUGCUCCAACUGGCCCCUCCUCUCAAGAGAAGUCUGUAAGACACAUCUCUCCCACAGGAAGAGGAAUGGAAUAAGCUGCUGCGUGCUGCUUGUUCAGAGCUCUCGGUGGACCGCUACCUGCAGCUCGACACACGAUGGAAAAGAAAGGAAAUGCUUGUGAACCUCAGGAGAGUAACACAGGCAGUGAAAGGGUCGACCCCUAUGGCUUCGAGAGGCGUCACGAUUUUGAGUCCUACAAGGAGAUGAUGAACGAGUACGUGACCGUCCUCAACCGGAGGUCGAUGAGAUGGUCCAAGCUCCUUCAAGAGAAACCCCACGUUGAGAAGAACCUGACAGUGAAAAGGUAUGUGCGGAAAGGUGUGCCCAAUGAGCACCGUGCCAGGGUUUGGAUGGCAGCCAGCGGCGCACAGGAGCGACUGGAGGACAACCGGGGCUAUUACCAGUCUCUGCUGGCCAUGGAGCACGACACCCGGCUGGAGGAGAGCAUCCACACAGACAUGCAUCGGACCUUCCCCGACAACGUCCUCUUCCGGGGCAAAGCGGCCCCGAGCCUGCAGAGGGCUCUGUUCAACGUGCUGCUGGCCUACGGACACCACAACCCCGCCGUGGGGUACUGCCAGGGCAUGAACUUCAUCGCGGGCUACCUCGUCAUCAUCACCAAGGAUGAGGAGAAGUCCUUUUGGCUCAUGGAUGCGUUGCUGGGCAGAAUGCUCCCAGACUUCUACCACCCGGCCAUGAUGGGCCUGAAGACCGACCUGGAGGUUCUGGGGGAGCUGGUGAAGGCUAAAGCUCCUGCAGUGGGCCAGCUCAUGGCCCAGUACCCCGGCAUAUGGACCCUGCUGGUGUCCCGCUGGUUCAUCUGCCUCUACAUUGACACACUCCCAAUUGAGACCGUUUUGCGAGUGUGGGAUUGUCUGUUCUACGAGGGCUCCAAGGUUCUGUUCCGCGCUGCUCUGACUCUUAUCAUCCACCACCAGCCGGAGAUCCUUCGAGCGCGCUCUUUGAGCGACGUGUGCGAGUGCUUCCGACAAAUCACCUGUGGAGCUUUCACUCUAGACUGCCACGCCUUCACGCAGAAAAUCUUUACAGAACCUGGGAUCCUGUCGAUGGCAACGAUCGAUAAGCUCAGAGAGAAAUGUCGACAACGAAUAGUGGCGGAAGAAUCUGGAAGGCCAUAAAGUUUUGGCUCCGUCAUUCAACCCAUUUGACUGGAUUACUUCACCUGGCCGAGUUCAUCCCGGGUCAGAAAGUACCAUCAGGAACAAUUCUCUACCAGCGAUGGGAGCGCUGCUGGCUUUUGGAUUAGCUCGAGUCAUCAGUUUCAUACACACUCAAGAAUUAUGUUUGUUUUUUAACCUCAUCUCCCGGUCCACGUUCUGCAGAACAUUCCAGCUUCUAGAUGAAGAUCAAACCUGAUACUAUGCACUAUACUACUUUGCAGUAGUUUGGAAGUAAAAUAUUCAGUUUUUACAUUAUUUAUCUGUGAGAAAAGAGAAUAUAUGACUGUUCAAACCUUCCUCUUAUCUUUCUGAAGUAAAAUCUGAUGUCCCAAUGUACAGAACUUUGUGUUUCACCUUUUGUUGUUAACAGAAAGAUAAUAAUUGGUCUAAUCGUUUCCGUGUUCGAGCUCAACUCAAAACUGCCUCUGGCAACAAAACAGAGAAGUGGUAGUUCUGUUACAUUGUGGUUGCCCGGGGGCAAAACAAUCAAACACCAAGUUAGUCAAACACCUUUCCUUCAUUUACAACAGAAACUGUGUCAAGUAAUACAAAACAGUUAUUAUAGUCGUAGAGUGGUUCACACCCACAGGACGUAAAACCUGUCACAUACACACAUAUAAUAUAUACAAUACAUCUAUUUAAUUUAAUUAUAUUUAUUUUAACCCACAUUACUUUAUCAAAGAUCAAACAAACAUUAUUACAUUAACUUUGUUAAAAUCUUUUUCACAGUUGACAGGUGGUUCUCCACUGGUCUGGGUAGUGGUUCUCCACUGGUCUGGGUAGUGGUUCUCCACUGGUCUGGCUUUGGGACGCACUAUCACCCCUGAAUGACAAGCUGAGACCUAAAUCGAGGGAUAUUUUUAACUUCUCAAAUGUAUUUAAUGAAAAGAUGUUGCAGUUUGAACCUGAGUGUUCAGAAUAUCACAGUAUGCACAACACAACUAUUUAGUAAUAUUCCCUUUUACAGUCAAUUAUGAACCAACAAGUGAAUCUUAAGGACACAAGAAUGCCGUCACAUAAAAUGACGUGGCGGGCCGCAUUUGGCCCGCGGGCCAUGAGUUUGACACGUAUGUUCUAAUCUAUGCCACACCUGCCAUAAAUAUCAUGAUACUGAUACAAUACCAUAAAACAGUACCAUAAAUACGAUCCUGGUAUAUUUAUCUAUAAUAGUAAUAAAUAAAAUAUCUGUAUGGUUC